GUUGUGACGGUGAGUAUAGCUGUACUUGUUAGGCCUUUUAAAAACAUACAGCUCUUUCUCUGUUUGCCAUGGAGUCACACAGUUAACGGUGCACUUCAGCACAACUUUCGCUUCCUGAAUAUCACAUUCAUCCUGCUCUCUGUCAUCUCUUUGCCUGAACGUACAACAGAUUGUACACAAUCAUCAUGGCGACCCAGGAUGGAAGUGAAGAAGUCAUAAUGGAAACCGAGGUAAAGUCAAAAGAAGCUGAACCACUGGGUGAAGAUGCUGAAAAGGGUGACACAGAAACUACGUCUCACACAGAUGCAGAAAACGCCACAACUCAGGACUCUAGUAUUAGCAAUGGGGACGACGCCGAUGACGACGACAAGCGGGAGAUGGUGGACUUGAAGAUUAUCUGGAACAAGAAUAAAUACGAUCUGAAAAUUCCUGUCGAUAACACCGGAGCCAAACUAAAAGAGAGCAUCCAUUCUCUCACUGGUCUUCCACCGGCAAUGCAGAAAGUGAUGUACAAAGGAUUGCUUCCAGAGGACAAGACGCUACGUGAAAUAAAGAUUACAAAUGGUGCAAAAAUAAUGGUGGUAGGGUCUACAAUAAAUGAUGUAUUAGCUGUGAAUACACCCAAAGAGGUAAUUCAGCAGGAAGUUAAAGCCGAAGAAAACAAGAAAGAGCCUUUAUGCAGACAAAAGCAACACAGGAAAGUUUUGGACAAAGGUAAACCAGAUGACAUCAUGACAGCUGUUAAAGGAACAAAGGAACGAUUACCAACAGUGCCUUUAUCCGGAAUGUUUAACAAGUCCGGAGGAAAAGUUAGACUCACAUUCAAGCUGGAGCAGGAUCAGUUGUGGAUCGGAACAAAGGAGAGAACGGAGAAAGUCCCAAUGGGCUCCAUUAAAAACGUAGUGUCCGAACCCAUCGAAGGCCAUGAGGACUAUCACAUGAUGGCUUUUCAGUUGGGUCCAACAGAAGCUUCUCAAUAUUGGGUCUACUGGGUGCCUGCACAGUUUGUCGAUGCAAUCAAAGACACAGUCCUUGGAAAAUGGCAGUAUUUCUAAUGUGCCUCUUUUUUUGACGUUGAACUGGGAUUGAGUGGAGGAGCCAAUGAAAAAUGAAACUGGAGUCAACAGUGAGGCUUAAGGAACAUCUUGGAAUAUAUUGGAAGGAAACGGACGAAUGCCUGUGGACUAAUCAUAUUGUUUUUAGGUUAAAAGUGCACUAUGUGGCAGCAUAACAUUUCUCAGCCCUGUUGAUCAUUCAAGGUUUUCAGCAAAUCCAAGGGAAAAUGAUGAAACAAUUGUACAGAAAUUGCUAACACUUUUCUUCAGUUAUUCUUAAAGAAAUAAAACUUAUUUAAUGAAAUGAA